AUGUCGAGAUCCAGGCCCACCAGCGGGUCCUUGAUGCCCGGCGCUGUCAUUGUCACGCCACCUUCACUUUCCGAAAUUCUUGCCAACACGUCUUCUCCUCCGUGGACCUUGGCCGCUUUUAUGGCCUACCUUUCUCAGAACCAUUGCUUGGAAACUCUGGAGUUUACUAUGGAUGCGGAGCGAUACCGCAAGGAUUACGACAAAUUUAUCACCAACAAGGAUUGGGCCGGGGAGGGUGGAAACGAUCAUGUCUGCCAACUGUGGGAGAAGCUGAUGCAAGCCUACAUCAUCCCUUACUCUCCCCGGGAAGUCAAUCUCCCCUCUCCCGUGCGAGAUCGUCUCAUUGCCCAGACUUGCUCGACCACCCCUCCCCCGCCAUCCGAGCUCGAUGAGGCCGUGAGGAUCGUAUACGAGUUGAUGAAUGAUUCCGUUCUCCUUCCAUUCAUCGAAUCAGCAUUGCCGAGUCACAGCGAUGUCCGCAUGGACGAAGACCCGAUUGAUAUUCGCCAGGGCCGCUCGCGCGCUCGUGGAGCGGAUGACAUAGGAGCCAGCGGAGCUACCAGCCGAUCCGCUUCGGCAUCGGGUGAGCACACAGAGCGUGAAGGGUUGACAGACGACAGUGGAAGUGCUGUUUCCCCUGGUACCGAACCCAUGACGCCCCCCACCACGCCACCAACUUCAGAUUGGACGUUCAGCAGCACAUCACCCGGUGGUGGCUUUCAGCGAGCACUGACGGCUCACAACAACGGCUGGAAAAAGGAAUCAGAGGUCAUGCUAUCAUCUACAUCCACCACCCCCGCAACAUCCACUUCUCACCUCCCUUUGGACAGUCUCUCCCGCGUCCGUCAUCUCUUCAACCCUUGGGAGGAGCCUCAUCCUGGCAAACGGCUGCCUCUUGCCGGGGCGAAUCAGGAGACUGAGAAGGUUGCCAACGCUGGUUCAUACCACUUGAAUGGUGGACGUAGAGGUGGCAUGGCCGCGAAAGAACUUGCUCCGUACAACCCCAAUCGUCCAUGGCUGGUGCGACGGCCAAUCCGUGUCCGAGCUCGGACAAAUACGCCGGUUCCACUCAAAAUUACCACCGAGAUAUCCGAAGAUCACGAUGCGAAAUCCACGCCGAGGCCGGCGGUUCGCGACAUCCACGCUCCCUCUACAAUGGAAACACCAGCUACUGUCUCCGAUGAGUGUGAAUCGGGGACCGAGAAGACAGACGCCCACAUUGUGAAUGUAUUCGGUAAAGCAGACAUGAAACCGAGCGACCUGCCGCUGCCUGCUUCUCCACCAAUUGACUGUCAAUUCACCGAUUUCUCCAACCUCCUUGGGAUCAAUGUUCAUCCCGAAGAGAAUAUCGCUGUAGACAACACGGAGCCUGGAACAUAUUGCCAUGUUGCCCCGGAUGAGGACCUUUACGGAUGGGACGCUGAACUCGACCGGCAGAGUAAGCAAAGCAGUCCUCCUUUGCCCUGCCAGUACGACCACGAAUAUCAAUACCGACGAACGAGUUUGACAAAACGCAGCCUCUUGCACCGCGUUUUCAGCAUGGGGCCUAUACCCAAAGACAUCAACAUUGAUGUUCGUCGUGCAAGCAGCACUUCUAGUUAA